AUGUCGAACGAAAAAGACAUCAACAUCCUUAUACUUGGAGAAAGUGGAGUGGGCAAGUCAACCUGGAUCAAUUUAAUCAGCAAUUAUGUCAAGUAUGUCAAUCUCAAAGAUGCUGUGGAGGAUCCUAUAUUCACCUUUCUUAUUCCGUCAAGGUAAAAUUAUAGUUUUUGUUGUAUGCUGAGUCGAUAUACAAGUUUGCUGCUCAGACGACUCCUCAAGACAGAUGCUUCACUUUUGAAAACGAUCUCCAAAUCUUUGACCUAAAAGCUCAGCAGCCUAUUUUCGAGCUCCACUAGUUGUGAAUUAGUUUUUAAAGAAAACAAGUCGAGCUAUCUCUUUAGUUAUCAUAUAAAUACAGAGUUACGAGGAAGCUUAAGAUUAACUAUGCUCUACAUACAUAAUAUAAUUAGCCCUUAACGCCCGAAAUAAGAAACUCCUCUUAAAAUUCCCCCGAGUCGGGUCUGCAAGCUAGCUAGUGAUAUGAAGGAAUGAGGCACCGCGGCCUUCGCUUAAAAAUUAAUGGCUUUCCCCCCUUUUGGCCAGCACAACGGAGUUUAGUGGAAGUGACUUGGAAUUUUUUCUCUUCUCACCGCGCCUGGUGGCGGUGACCAUUGGCCUUUAGUAAAAUCCAGCUAGUGGUCUAUUAUCAAUGCUGCGUUCUGAUUGGUUGAGCUACUACUAGGCUAUAUGUAGCGAACAGAGCCGGCUUUUUGGUGGCAAAAAAGGAUUAAAGUCUAAAGUUGUUUUGUCUCGAUAUUUUUGACCAACUAGUUGGAUUCUACUAAAACAAUUAUUCCUCUCGCCCUCAUGGCCCCUGAGUCAAUAGCCCAUUCGGGCUCGAGGAAUAAUUGUUAAAUACUAGCAGUUGCGAGUAGUUAGAGAUAAACCGGUUCUACCACACCUCUAAAAUACUUUUUUUCUAUAAUUUUCUCGGGUUUUUCCGACAUAUUAUAUUUUAACGGAGUAUGACAAAGUUCUGUUAAUUUCCGUCAUGGCCUCCGUCAUAAAUUAAUCAACGAAUUUCAAUUGAAGAGGUUAAAUGUACGAACGGUAAUAAACUUAAUUUCGAGCAUUGUCAUUUACUAACUUAAAAUUCUUACAUGCGGCAAAAACAGAGAAAAAUCAUAGAAAAAGGUAUUUUAGAGGAUGGGAGAACCGACAUAUAUCUAUAACUACUAUAAAGAAAUAAUAUUCUGAUGUCAUGAACCUCAAUCCAUCAAAUAAUCUAUGCCCUCAAACUAAUCUAGAUGACUUGAGCGAAGCGAGUAGUCAGACAUGUCACCCACGCUUUAUGUAAUUCAUUGUCAAUUCACAACACAAAUACAAUCAACAAUUUCACGAAUUUUAUAAACUUACACAGAAUUCUGUCCCCGCUCAGUAAUGACUUCAACAAAUUUAUGGAUUUGAUGAUUUGUUUAGAAAGAGAAUAUUUUGAUUUUUAAUUUGUGGUAGAAAAAGAUAAAUUUGAAUUAAAGCGAUUAUAUAAUCUAUAAAUAAAAGGAUGAACUCUCUGGAUUUGAAGAACUUAUCAAUUAAGGAAUUUUAAAAUAAUUUAGUAAACAAAGAGUAUAAAGAAAACAAGACCGCUCUUAGUAGCGUUGAUACUCGCUUGCUUGGAGAUAAGAUAAGAAAUGAGGAGGCGAUAAGACCGAAUUGCAAAACAGUUUGCUCGUGAAAAAUAUUGUUCGUCCAACACUUAGGAGCUUAAAGUUUGCUGUUGAGCAAACAAUCUCCGUAAGAAAUAAAAAAAUUCUGUAUGUUUGAAUUCGACUAGAACGAAAAUAUAUCAAACCUUAAAUUUUCCAUAGCCGUGAUAGAUUAUGUAAUGAAAACUUUAUAAAUGACUCAAAUUAUUCUUAAGUAGCGUCAGACUGCUGCUUAAUAUCAUAUUUUGAUGCUAAUUUUGGUGUAUUUUCGUUCGUGCAAUCUUAAAAACUAACUCGUUUCCUCACCACCUGUCUAAGGACAACUUCAUUCAAUUUUGGACUUUUAGCGCUUUUUUGAAUAUCUCUGAAACGACUCUAACGAAUUUUUUUUAAAAAUCUUUUCACAUAAUCUUCAUAAUGUAUAUAAUAAAGUCUGAAACUUUCAUUAAGAUUGAUUCACUGCAACAGCUUGAAAUUUCAAGGCAAACCUAUAUCCUUCGAACCGGUCAAAAAUCCGCGCUACAGCAUUCACUGUUUUGACGUUAUGCUACUUUUUCCAAAUUAAUGGGGACAAUACAUAUAUCCAUGACCGGUACAUUUCAGUGUGAGUAUUGUCAAUGUUUUGCAUUCAAAAGAUGCGGUAAAUUCAAACUAAAAUGUACUAGUCAUGGAGGUAUGUUUAGUUCGCAUUAUUUUGGAAAAAUUAGCAGAACGUCAAAACAGUGAAUGUUGUAACGCAGAUUUUUGACCGGUAAGUAGGAUAGGUUUGUCUUGAAAUUUCAAGGUGUUGUAGUGAAUCAAUCUUAAUGAAAGUUUCAGACAUUAUUAUAUACAUUAUGAAGAUUAUGUGAAGAGGUUUUGAAAAAAUUCGUUCGUGUCGUUCUAGAGAUAUACAAUUAAGAAAGCGCUAAAAGUCCAAAUUUUGAAUGAAGUUGCACUUAUACAGGUGGUGAGAAAACGGGUGUAGUUUUCAAGAUCGCAAGAACGAAAAUACACCAAAAUUUCCUAGCAUCAAAAUAUGAUAUUAAGCAGCAGUCUGACGUUACUUAAGAAUAAUUUGAGUCAUUUAUAACGUUUUCAUUACAUAAUCUAUCACGGCUAUGGAAAAUUUAAGGUUUGAGAUAUAUUUUCGUUUUGGUUGAAUUCAAACAUACAGAAUUUUUUUACUUCUUACGGAGAUUGUCUGCUAAACACCAAACUUUACGUUCCUAGUGUUGGAUUUUCAGUAGCUGGUCUAGAUCGCACAAAAUAAGGUUUUUUUCACUUUCAAAGUUUUUUGUUUAUUGUUGUCAUAGUGAUAUCGAUUUUACUAAAACCUAUAUUUUGACAAACUUCAAUCUAUAGUCAAUCAUUGGUGAAAAUUUUAUAGCGAUCAGACAUGGAUAAAAUCACUUUUAAAGCGAUUGAAAAAUAUCGGCAUGGCCUCUGAAAAACUAAAUCGAAACACCUUAAAGAGCAUAUUAAAUUAAGUAACCUGUAAAUUUUCAGCCAUAUAUCUCAAAAGUAGCGAUAUCGCGAUUGCAACGACCGCCGAAAAUUAGAAGGAUUUAUAUGAGAAAAACAACCUUGCUACCCAGUCACGCUUGAGUGAUUUUCCAUACAAAUCCUUGUAAAUUCUGAAAUUUUUUAACUGUCGUAAAAUCUUUCCCUUACUCAUUUAAGGGCUCAAAUUGCCUGUUAUGAAUUAAAAAGAGAUUUGAGCCCCGUAAUGCUUAUGGAAAUAUUUCACGACGGUUUGAAAAUUUCGAAAUUUGCAAGGAUGAAAGACCAUUUAAGCGUGACUGGGUGGCAAAAGCUGUUUUCAUAUACGAAUCCUCCUAAUGUUCGGCGGCCGUUGCAAUCUCGAUAUCGCUACUAUUGAGAUAUAUGGCUGAAAAUUUGCAGGUCACCUAAUUUUAAUGCUCUUUUAGCUCGUGCUAACAAAAUUUUACAGAAGCGAACUGCUUUCGUAUUUUCCGAAAGUUGAUCAUGUGAUCAACUAACGCAAAAGGCCAAAUACAUACAACAAAGUGAAUCUGCAACACCGAAUCUAGUUAACCGUAAAGUUCCAGUAAUCCGUCAAUAUCCUGAGAAACGUAACGCCUCAAUACACCAGAAAACAGGAUUUCCUCGCUAUAAUAUUUUCUCACAUCCUUCUUUAUUGACCGUCGAGUAUUCUUCAGGGUAUUUACUUUUUACUCGAGAGCCUUAAUUCGAGGAAAGUUACAUCAUUGCCAAACAGCCAAAACGUAAUCAGCCUUGUGCGUCAUUUCUGUUUCGGUGAGAGCUCUAACAGUAACAAGACGGUAACUCAACUAAACGCCAUCACAGAACGUCGCUCUCUCGAGCCUCUUCCCAGGAUGCCUGGCAUUAGGGUUACCACCCUCUAACACCUUCCCCCCACGAAAAUUUACAAUUUUACGUUUAACUAGAGUAUCUUUGCGGCAUUUUCACUAAACGUUCCGAACGUGUGCGUUUAACAGUAAUAUGGUCCAGCUUAGUUCGACUUAGUACAUUUAGUAGGUUCUGCAGCCUUGGCAUUGUCUUUUAGUGGCUUGACGUUUUUUCCAUUCUUGUCAACAACAGCUACAGGUAGGUCUUCGGCUGUAGAUUUCUGUUAUCCAGAUUUCGAGGAGGGUUCCGUAACUUUGACUUGCUGAUCUUCCUUAUAACAUGUACACGGUUUCUUCAGAGCAGUUUACCAUCCACAUUAACAUCGUAUGAAAGAUAUCCACAGUUCCGUGAGACAGUUCCUUUCUUCCACUCUUGUCCUUUGAACAGACCUUCAGGCUUGACUCUAACGGUAUCUUUAUGCUCUAAUUCACUUAGGUCUUUAGCAGUGCGGUCAUAAUAUGCUUGAGAUUUCUGGUGUUUCUUAGUUUUCUCUGCUAACACUUUUUCUGCAAUCUCAGGUGUCAGUAAUGUCGCAUUCAUAGGUACUUCAGUUCUUGUUCGACGGUUUAGGAAUCUUUGUGCGGGAGAUGUUGUCAUGCCAGCAGGAGGCGUGUUGUGCUGGUCAAGUAAUGCUUCGUACGGACUCAAUUUUGUUUUCUCAGCUUUCCUCAGCAACGUUUUGACAAUCUUCACACCGCAGAUUCAGCUUUUCCAUUACUUUGGUGGUGAUAUGGUGAAGAUUUGGUAUGUUUAGUCUUCUUUCGUUGGCAGAAUUGCGAGAACUCGGCUGAGUCGUAGUUCUUACCACAGUCUGUGACGAUCUCAUCAGGGAUUCCCCAUCUCUCAAAUUGUUUUUGCAUUAGAUUAAUGGUUUCACAUGUAGUUUGGUUUUUCAUCAAGUCAAAUUCAAUCCAGUCACUGUAAUAGUCAACUAGAGCAAGAUAGUGUCUUUGUUCCAUUCAAAAAUAUCAGAUCCAUCUUUUGACCGGGGUCUAAUCAUAACUGAUCAGUGUUUCUUUUUGGUUCUUAGUCUGAAAAACAUUGCAGACUUCACAUGUAGCAAUGAACUGUUUCGACUGAUUGUUCGUUCCGGGUCACCAUAAUGAAGUUCUAGCACGCCUAAGGGUUGACCCGGUUCCCAUAUGUGCUUGGUGUAAUUUAAUAAUCAGAUUCUUCCGGAGUGUUACUGGGACUACGAUGCGAUCACUCCUAUAAACGAUUCCAUCGUUAAAGGACAGUUCAUCCUUAAUGUUCCAAUACGGUAAGAUUUCUACAGGAACGUUUCGUUUGCUUGGUUUUCAGCCCAUUGAUAUAACACGGUCGAUGACAGACUGUAAGACAGCGUCCUUUUCAGUGGCUUAAGCAAUUUCAGCGAAGUUGCUUGUUAAGCUUUGUUCUUCAUGAACAAGUCUGGUCGUUUCAAUCUCUUGUUCGAUCUUGCUUCGGUGCUGGUCAGUCGUUGGAGAUCUGCUCAAGGCAGCAGCUAUAAAAAGGUCUUUACCUUUUAAAUACUUGAAUUCGACAUCAUAUCCCAUGAUUCUACAGGUUUCUUCAAUACUGCAGCAAGGGGUUUGUUGUCGUUAUAGACUGUCGCUUUCCUACCAUAAGUGCAGGUAUGAAAUCUAGUGAGCCCACAUGCAAUACUAAGCAUCUCUUUCUCAAUUUAGCUGUAGCGUUUUUCAAUGCUCUCGAUACAAACUGUAUAGGUUGGCCGCCUUGCAUGAGGCAGGCUCCUAAACCACUUGAUGAUGCGGCCACUUGGACUUCAACUUGUUCAGCCACAUUGAAGUAUCUCAGCAGGGGUGCAUUCAGAAUGAGGGUAUUAAUUUCAUCAAAGCUUUCUGUUCAUUUUCUUCCCAGAUAAACGCAGUGUUGUUCUUCAGCAGAGCUCUUAUCGGUUCUGACUUGGUUGACAAGUCUUGUGAAAAUCUUGAGAGGUAGGUAACAACACCAAGUAGUCUUCUGACUUCAUCUUUGUUGGUUGGGGCAGGCAUUGACUAAAUGAAUUCUUGAUUCUUGGGGUCAGGUUUAACUCCUUUGUCUGUAAGGACCACACCCAUGUAGAACAACUCAUGAUCAGUCUUCUCAGCUGGAACUUCUCCUUAUUAAGUUUAAUAUUUUUCUGAUGGCAUCUCUCCAACAAGGCAAGCAAUCUCUUGUCAUGGCUAGCUGUUGCUUCUUCAAUGUUUUCUCUAUCGCCCCAGAUCAAUAUGUCAUCAGCUAUAGCUUUUACACCUUCUAAUCCUUCUAGAUUCUCAUCAAUUCUUCUUUGAAAUUCUUCAGGUACUACACUGAUGCCAAAAGGUAUUCUUUUCCAUUUCAUCCGUCCAAUAGGGGUAUUAAAGGUUGUCAGCAAGGAGCUUUCUGGAUCUAAUGGUACAUGCCAAAAAGCAGUUUUGAUAUCAGCUGGAGAGAACUAUUUUAGCAUUGCUAAUGUCUGUAAGCAGAUGAUCGACAGUUGGGACUGGGUACUCAGAUCGUUUGAUUGCCGUGUUCAGUGGUCUGCUGUCUAUGCAGAGUCUAAUUCCAUUCUUAGCAGAAGGUUCAUUUGCAAUUGUAGGAUCACUUACCAAUUCGGUAAGCUCAGUCACUUUCUCAGCUAUACCUUGCUGUUGUAGAUCUUUUACUUCAGCAAUAAAGUUGCUCUUCACAAAGAGGAGGAUCUCUCUAGGAACUGUUUUGUGAGGAGUGACAUCAUUACUUGUGUGAAGAUGUAGUUCGCUCUCAAACUUUCCUAUACUGUCAUCAAAGACUUGCGGGUAGUUAGUCAGAAUGGUCUCCAAGGUGAGUGGUGUUGUCACUUCACUGGCAGUUACAGGGACACUUAGGUUAGCUGGGGCUACUACAACAAUGUUUUCUCGUGAGAGCUCAAUGGGUUUGAGCAUUUCAGAGUCAUUUAGACCGAUCAGAGGUGUUAGGUCUCAAAAAUUCUAAACUGAAUCAUUAUGAUCAUUUCUUCACUGGUUGCAGGAUUUAGCACAAAGACUUUUCUGGUUCCCAGGGUCUGAAUUUUGGUUUCUUCAUCAUAGAGAGAAAGAACAGGCUUGACUGCAGUGUUAAGGUCUGUGAGAUCAUAAUCUCCACUGAUGUCUUUGUACACAUUCACAGGGAGAAUAAUACAUGUUGAAUCAGAGUCUAUCUGACAGCUAACAGGAAUUCUUUUCUUCGACAGCAGUAGGUUUGCAAAAGCUUUCUUGUAAUCACAGUUUUGAUUAAGUACACAGAUUUUGUCGGGAACUUCAUACUAGUGAUUUUCACCAUCUUCGUCUACUCUCAGUACAAACGGUUUUGAGGUUGAUUUUGAUCGUUUUGGAUCUGAGUGUUUCUCCUGUUUUCCUUUUUGUAAGCGUUUACACUCCUUUGAGUCUUGAAAGUGAUUUUUGGCCUUGCAUUUCCUGCAGACUGCUCCCCAGCCAGGGCAGAGUUUCUUGUCUGAAAAGCUAUGAGCUCCCUUUUUGUUUGCACGGUAAUUACACAUGAGAGCUUUCUUGAGCUUAUCUUUAGAAACAGCUUUUAUACUCUCUUUUGCAGGAGUUCGGUUUGCACUGCACUCUUGGACUUCAAUCUUUGUACUUUGAUAAGCCUUGCCAAUUCUAAUAGCUUCAACUCUUGUGAGAGUGUUUCCUUUUUCUAGCAAUCUUUACUUUAGUUCUUCAUUCGAGACACCAUAAACAAACUGAUCUCUCACUUUUCUAUCUUCGUCUACAUAAUUACAGUCUUUCACUAACAGCAGCAGAUCAUUGACAAAAGCAGUUAUUGUCUCUCCAGGUUUUGGCACUAGUUCUUUAAAUUUCUUAGAAGCAACAAUCUCGCUACAUUCUGGACUUACCGCUCGCUCCAAUCUAGUCCACAUCGGAUCAUAGUCUUUUACAUCCUCACCUUCAAACCAGUCCAAGCUGUCGUAUAUCUUUUGACCUUCAGAGCCAAACUAAUCUUGAACCAAAAUACAUUUUCUUUCAUUCGAAGUAUUCACAAGACUUCCUUUGAAGAUGUAACCACAUUUCUUUUUGAAGGCUUUCAAUGCUUCUAGCCGAUUCUCCUGGCAGGAAUCGAACUUGAGUCGCUCGAAGUUCAUGAUAUUACCCGUAAAGAAACCUUGGUUUUGAUCUUGAGCUGGGCCGCAGCUUCGGCUCCUUCUUCCGACAUGUUUAACUCGUGGUUUUGCAGGGUUUUAGCGCGAAGAUCUCAGACAGUAUUUUUGAGCGAUCGACGAGAUUCCGCACUCACAGACAAACGAGAUCACAGAAAGUCAGAUCGAUAGCAGCAGAAUAAUCAGCGUUUGUUCCCACUCCUGGAGUCCUGGUACCAUGUUUCGGUGAGAGCUCUCACAGUAACAAGACAGUAACUCAACUCAACGCCAUGACAGAACGUCGCUCUCUCGAGCCCUUUCCCAUGAUGCCUAGCAUUAGGGUUACCACCAUAGGCGUACGGGCCGGGGGGGGGGGCGAGGGGGGCUGCAGCCCCCCCAAAUUUUGGGGCAACUCAGAUUUUUUGGGCAGCAAGAGAAAAUUUGGGCAAAGCCAGUUUUUAAAGACGUCUCCAUGUUUAUUUAAUUAUGUUAAAGACCUGAAUAUUAACCUGAAGUCGGCGUAAUAAUCCAGUUACAUUACAGUGGUUGCCUAGCAUGUGAUGAGUAAUUUACAUAUUUGCAUUUUUUUUGUUGGGCACUAUACUGCACUGCACUAGCUGGAAUGGGCUAUUUCCAGUCGUGAAUUGAUUAAAAUAAACUUUCGCAUAACUUUCUAGUAUCAUCUCUAUUCGAAGAACAGAGUAUGGCAGAUAGCAUUUAACAAUGGGUAUAAAAAUGAAGAAGUGGCUGAUUAAUUCUCAGUUUGAAUUACGAGAAGAAUUUUAAUUCUUUAAAAAAAAUUUAUCGUGCGGUUUAGAAUUAUUCGCUAAUUUGUUAAAGUAGACCGAAAUAUUUACAAAACCCGCUAACAAGAGUGUCUCGAUACAUACUACUCAAAUCCUUCUUUCGAUUCUAGAAAUCAAGCAGAGCUAUCUCCACGAUCUUUCACACAUGUUUUUAAAAAGAUUAAAACUACGAUGAAGUGAAAUUGCAGGUCAAAAGCGCUUCGUUUUCUGCAGAUAACGGCCAAAAAUCAAGAUUUUCCUGUUCUUACCGUAUUUCUAAUAAUAAAAACUUCAUUCCAAAAUAUGUCUAUAACGCUCUUAAGGUUUUGCUUAAACUUCACGAACAUCGAGGCGACCGUAUUGGAGAAAAAAGCUCCUGUGAACGAUUUUGUAUAGACUGAAAACAGUCUCUCUUUUUCUUCAGAUUUAGUAAGGGAGGUGCACGCGCGCGCGAGCGUUGAGCGGCGAAGCCUUCAGUCACGCGCGUUGUCAUUUGCGUGUCUCGGGCGUUUUGCUCGACGGACCAAGAAAAAAGAGAGACUACUAGUAGUCUAAUUUUGUAAGUUUCCCGUGCCGGGAAUCAUUGCUGAAGUAAAAUAGGUAAUGGGUGGGGGAAGGCAUUUCGUUGCUAUGACAACUCCGAUGUCAUUGCAACCCUGAUGAUGACAAAUUUUCAUCUUAAUACAACUGUGGUCGCAAUUUUUCCAAAUGUUUGAUUAUUGCGACGUAGUUUAUACUCAGACUUGUUAUUGACCCUGAAAAACCGUAUCAAGCCACCUUCAUAUGCCAGGACGGCCUAUGUUGUUGCAAUAUGGCCUUCAUUUCUUUUCGAUUCUUUCGUAAAAAAUUUGGGCAACUUGCGAGAUUUUUUUGGGCCAAUUGUUUACCGCCCCCCCUGGCAAAAAAUUUCCCGUACGCCUAUGGUUACCACCCUCUAACAAUUUCAGUCGUCGUCGAAAAUAAACCGCAUGCUCAUCACGAGACUCAUCGUUGAUUCUUAUACCUAUUUUUACGGUCUCCGCUAGGAACGCCUGGGACCAUGACCCACCAAUUGGCGAGGACACACGAAAAAAAAAAGAAAAAGAAACGCCUGCAUUUUUAGAGUGUCGCAACUAAAGCAAGCUCGACUAAUAAGAAGCUAAGGCCCGGUUCAGACGCCGAACUUUCAUGAGCUGAACCUAAUUCGAAUUAAGGCAGACCCAAGUUAUUUUAUAGACCGGCUGAAUUGAUUCAGACGCCGAUCUUAAUUUCAGCUGAACUAAGUUCAAAAAGCGGAAUUAAAGCUCAUUUCGGUCAAACUGCUUACAAAAUACGUUAUGAUAAUUUAUGCAUUAGGUUCGGUAUAUGAAAAGUUCGGCGUCUGAAUCAAAGCCGUUCCAAAGUCGCUGCAAAGGCAAAAUUCCCGGCCGGGCUAGGCGAAAAGAACGGCUGAACCGUUCCAAUUGAAACAGGCGUUCCUAAUUUAUUCAGAAGCCCAACUUCUCAUGAACUUAAUUCAAUGUAUUAGGUUCGGCUCAUGAAAAGUUCGGCGUCUGAACCUGGCUUAAAAGAGGAAAAAGAAAAGAAAGAUCUUAUUUUGGUGUAUCAGAAGUUAUAGUUAAACAAAAUAAGAAAUUGAAAAAAGACUAGAUCAAUUUAAACCAAAGAAACAAAAAGAGCCAAAAACAUUUGAUGAUUAUUUUCAAGGAUGCAUUAUUUAGAAAUUAAAAAAUUCCAAAAACUUUUAAGAAACUGAAUCACUUGAAAGAGCAAUGAAAGCAUAUGAUGUUGGAGUCAAACAUGAAAAGUCAGCUCUUGAGAAGUUUGCUGACAAAUAUGUAAUUGAGGGAAAACCAGGAGUUGUACCAUUACAAUAUUUUACAAAUAAUUAUCUCCCCAGCUUAAUUAAGGAUUUUAUGAGAAAUCAUAGAAGCAUAAAAAUUCUUAUGAUAAUGGUAAUUGAAAUGGAAAAAAACAUUAUCGAGAAAAAAGGAAUGAUAUCACAGUCAAGAUGAAGCUUACUUUUAUUCCGAAACAGUACACAUACUGAAGAAUCUUGAAAAGACAGACACAAAAGAAGAUUUUCAGGCCUCUCAUAAUGGGUGAGCCUUGGGAAUAUUUUACGAUCUUCUACCAUGAUUAAUUUUGAUAACCCUAUACGUAAAUAAUGGCCACUAGAACUUGGCGUCCAAACUUAACAAACAAACACUAAGAGUACAAUACAAAUGUGAUCGUGUUCCGGCGUUAAUAAACGUACCUGUUAAUUUUCCCCGUUCAAAAUUUCAGGUUUAUUUUCACUGAUGAUAAGGGAGAAGAGACUGUAAUCACAUUUGGCGAACAUUCAAAUGAGGAACUCAUAGAAGGUCAAUCUGCUACCCCGUUUCCUCAGGAAUACACAUUUGAAAUAGGAACUACAAGGUAUCACCUUAUUGAUACCCCGGGCAUUGGGGAUAGCAGGGGCAUUGAGAAAGACAAGGAGAACUUCGACAACAUUUUGGCCUUUCUGACCUGUUAUGAAAAGAUUAAUGCAGUGGUUGUACUUCUCAAGCCAAACAACGCAAUACUGAACGUGGCCUUCCAGUUCUGUAUCUUAGAGCUUUUGACCCACCUCCACAAGUCUUUGAAGUCUAACAUCAUCUUUGCCUUCACGCACUCCAGUGGAACAAAAUACAAACCAGGAAACACAAGCACCCUUCCUGUUCUCAAAAAGCUCCUAAAGGAUAAUAACCUCAACAUCACCCUUUCUCCAAAAACCUAUUUCUUCUUCGACAAUGAAGCAUUCAGGUAUUUUUUACAUUUUUAGACAUUUUUAGACAAAGACAUGUUAACCCCUUUGACAACAUGACACCGUAAUUCUUUGAGGCUUGUUAUUAACUGAAUAUUCAACUGGUUAAACUAAUUCAUUCCCAGAGUUCAUGGAGACACAAAGGGUGAAUUCAUAAUGCCCAUUUUUACAUUACCCCAGUAAUACACCUUGGUUACCCCCCUCUUCCCCCCCCCCCUCCACCCCCCUCCCCACAUUUUUUUCUUCACUUUUUUUAGGCUCAAAACAAUUUUAAAGUCCAGCGGCAAAUGCGACGACCAUUAGCGGCUGCUGCAAAUGAAUCCACCCAAAGCCGUUCCAAAAUUUGUUGAAACCUCCCUGGAGGCUAUUGAGCCUGGCAAACAUUUGCACUAGUUUAUGUUCAUAUGUUGGCACGUCUCGUAUAGCCUGUUUACUCCAAUUAUUCCUCUUAUUAUAUAAACGCCAAAUUGAAUGAAAUACCAGUUGAGCUUUCCCGCGAAAACAAGAUAUCUUCACAUGUACUUUCAACAUAAAUACAUAUAUACUUUAUUCGUCCCAGAAGGGCUUUUUAGAAGGUAAAAUUAAUAAUUAAUGUCUGUUACAAACAGAGCCUAUAAACAACGGAAGUUACUAACUUAAACUAGUAAAAACUAUGUACACUGAAACAUGGUAAAAAAUAGUUUAAAAUAUCUAUUUAUGCCUCUAAAACGUUGAUAUUAGUUUCUAAAAAGACAACUCUUGAAGUCCCUUAAGCAGGGGUCUCGGCGUCUUGGCGAGUCUCGGAUUUUACCAUUCGCCACCCCUUAUAUCAUAAAUUGUGUAUAUUUGCCUACCUCACAGCUGUUUUUAGUGAUUAAACAAUCAUUUCUAUGUAGCACCUUUUCUUCCAUUCAAGUUCGUAUCCACGCGCGGAAGUGAAAGGGUAAAACCGUUUUUAUCGUUCUUUACAUUGAUAGGUUUCUAGCCUGCCAUAAGAAUGGAGUUCUAUUCGACGGCGACGAUGUUGAUGACUACUAUAAGAGCUGGAAAAAGACACGCGAAGCAACUAAAGAGCUUUUUAAAUUCAUUACAGACAUGCCACCUCACGAGACUAAAAAGACCCUGAGCGUGAACGAGGCAAGGAACUUCAUUAUCGCCAUGAGCAAACCAAUGGGUGAAGCUGUUGACCUUAUCGAUAGAAACUCAGAGAAGAUCAAAAAAGCCAGAACCCAAUGCAAGGCAGACGACGAUGAGAUCCAGAAGUUCCAGGAGAGGCUUCAUUUCAAAGGCGUUAAACGGAAGAGAAAACAUCUGCCUCAUCCCAUAACUGUUUGUACUCACCAAACAUGUAGGCAAUACGAACUUAUUGGAAAGUCGAAGCAGCGGGAAACAAUAUUUCCACAGAUCUGCCAUGAUCACUGCUACCUUAAAGGAAUCCCAAGUGAAACCACUAACAACCCACAAAUUAAUAACUGUCGAGCCAUGGCUAACGGAACAUGCAAGUAUUGUAAGCACGACUACAAAGAUCACAUGCAUAUGACCUACACUACCUCUCUUGUGGAGGCGACAUUCUUGUCAGAUGCUGUACAGAAAGAAAUCAACGAUUUAACCAACGUGAAGGAUAAGAAAGAAAAAUUCAUAGCCGAGUUGGAGAAACGCAUUAAAGAGUAUGAAGAAGAGAAGGAGGUCCUUUUUAGGUGUGCCAGCCACUUUGGUGCAUUUCUCAAGCAGAAUGCCAUGAUUCCCUACAACGAUUCCUUCAGCGACUACCUUGACAUGCAGAUCGAGGUCGAACAGACCAAAGAAGACGGGGAUAAAGACAGGAUCGCUCAGCUAAUAAAGGACAAGCAGACAUAUGAGAUGAUGAAGAAAGCUAUCAUCGAGGAAACCUCGAAUCCCGCGCACAGCGAAGAAAAGGACAUUCAAAUAGAAAAGAUCUACGAAAUGAGAAACCAGCUCUGCUCUCUGAAACACAAUGGCAAGGAUCUCAAGGAAGCCCUAGGUACUGUAAAUUUCAGCAAAUAAUCUAAGUUUCUAAGUUCGUUACCAUGUCCAAAGAUACACGCUAAUGAGAUCCAUCCCCUUUGAUGACAGACAUCACGAAGUGUCCCCUAUCCCUAAUCCUCACUUCAUGCAUACGCCUGCGUAGUUGAUUAGAGGGGUCAGAAAAAAAGAAAAGGCAAAAAAAGGAGAGUAAAAACUUUCCAAAGACUGUUAUUUAAAAUGAAAUACGUUACGUUGGCUCCUUACGUGCGUUUAUGUGUGAUUGCCGGCCUUGGGCCUUGGGUUUUAAUGAAAUUAGGGCGGGAAAGUCUGGCGGGAAAUUUUAACUUGAUAGCUCAGCCCAGAAAAAUAAAACAAAACAAAACAAAAUGGCAGCGGCAGUCAACAAGCGCUAGUUUCUUCUACUCUACAAGCUGCAAAGAAGAAAGACAAGGCAAAAAUAUAAAAAGUAGUAAUGGGUACAUGAAAUUUUUCAAACUCGGCUAUUUUUUCUUAAUGAUUGUCAGGAGGCUCCUGGAUUGUCACAUGCUUGUAAAAGAGAUGAGAGAAAAUGACCCCGAGUUCUUCUUCUACAAAUACUUUAGAAUGACCCCGGAACAGUACCUUCUUUUCCUCGUGAGCCUGUUGCUGACGGUGAAUUUUCCCCAUCUCCAAGCGUGUGAGGCCCAAACAUAUGGCAAAGCUAUCAAAUGACAAAAUCCAGAUAUAUGAUUGGUCGAAUCUUGCAGAAAACAAAAAGGUCACAUAAAAUUUGAAAACUGUUCAACUUUUUCGUAGACGCUUGCGAUUAAUACGUACAUUUACGCUUACGCUGUAACAAGAAGAACGGCUUGACGUUUACAUGCCUACCCAAAAACGCGUAGAGGAAAUCCACUAAGUACUCCAGAUUACAAAUACUACCCCCCCGAGUGUGGACGAGGAAUGCUGGUUCUGUCGCGUUUUUUUUUUUUGUAAUGAAGUGAAGAUUAUACUAAUUUAUGACGAACCUCUAUUGAGCGGCCAAUAUCCUUUAAGCUGUCCUAGCGCGUACUCCGAGAGUGGCCAGUUAAUAGAAGUUCAAAUGUAUUUGCACUUCUGAACACACGUGGAGAGUUCUUAGUGAUGUUAUAGGGCAGGUUUAGUUGUUUUCAGUUCUCGACUUUGUUGCUUAAGUUAAAUCAGGUCCGUUGAAUUCCAGUGUAAUUUUAAAGUGGCCUCAAUAGUUCAAGCUAUGAACGUUGAAUAAUAUGGACGUUGUAGACCCUCUGAAGACUCUGAUAACGCAACCCUGCUUAACAAGCUAAUACAUAACAUGACUGUUUCUUUGUAGAUAGCAUCAUGUACGCUAGAAAAGCACCACUUCGAAUGGAAAGGUAAAGUUAAUUAGGAGGUCUGUUAUACUCUGUAGGAAUACAAAAGACACAGGGAAAAAUGGCGGCUCUACACUGCUAAUUCAGCCGUCUCUCUUCGUCUCGUACCGGUACCGCUAGGGACGUUUAGCGGAUUAAUCGUCUCAAGCGCUGACAGGAGAGGAGAGACGGUUGCAUGUAUUUGCGCGCAGGCUAUGACGACCCCCAGCUAUAAAGAGCAAAAAAAACUCGCCCCACGUAAGGGAAUCCGGAUUGCGGAACCCGAGAAAAUUUUGCUUGUGGAAUCCGGAAUCCUGGGCUUCCGAAAUACCGCUCAAGGAAUCUGGAUCUCACCAACUAUUGGAAUCUGGGAUCCAAGUUCCACGGACAAAUAAUUCGGUAUCCGGUACCUGGAAUCCAGAAUCCACGGUGGAAAUCUAGAAAUCUAGAAUCCAAGACUGUCUUGGAUUCCCUUACAUUGGGCGAAUAAUGUUACAAAUCUUCUUUCCUUUUUAUAACUUAAAGUGAAAAAAAAAAUCUUACAUGGUUAGUUGAUGGAUGCAGAGCAGAUAUAGCUCACGAAAGCCUAACUGGCAUGGUUCCUUUAUAACUGAGAUCAUCAGGAGUUUUGAUCUUUAAGGCCUCUAACCAAUUUUAAAAAAAGACUCACCAGAAAUUUUAUAAUUACAGAAAUAAGCCCCCCGUGAAAGUCACAACCACAGUCUUUGGGGACGUGGCCAAGAGCGUAAAAAAGAAAUGUUAGCGGUUUUAUCCAAAAGCUGCGGAAUCGAAUCAGUUCCAGGGGCCCGUUUCUCGAAAGUCCCGGUAACUUUACGGGCCCGAAAUCAAAAAUUCAAAUCGAAAUAUAAAGAAUAAGAGCGCGGGUCCUGGCUAGCAAACUACUCCAUUUAGUUUCAUUAACUGACCGUUUUAUCGUGUUAGAUGCAAAACUAUUGAAACCUCGAUCUUUAAUGUAAACGGAGACAGCUUACCGGGCCCGUUAAUUAUCGGGACUUUCGAGAAACGGGCCCCAGGACAGCAUCAUCAUCAUCAACAGCAGCUGCUCCACAACCAAAAGCCGUGUAAAACCUCUCAUUUUACUGGACUGUUAACUUGCGGGUUAGUUUGCAUGCACAUAUGAUUAAUUAUUUCCGUUUUUAUUCUUUUGAUCGAUCACUUUCUAGUAAAUCCUUUAGAUUCAAAGUGGAUAAUUUGAGUUACCUAUACAGUCAACUCACGUUAGUGUUCGUAUCAGCAAAGUCUCCUCGAAAUAGCGAGGUACAGUAAGAAGUUCCCUUGAAAACACUUGCAGUAAAAUGGUAGUAUGCUAAAAGUAAUCAUUUAUGAAGUGGAAUAUAUGAAAUGAAUGAUAUUUUGAAGUGCGGCUAAAGAUAUUAAGGUAAACAUGAUCUUCCCAGGUUGUUCAGUCUACUGCGGAGAUCAUGUUCACCUAAAUAAAGAACUUUUAGUUGAUACGGAACAAGGUUAGCGCUAAUCUCAGUAUAGCUUGUUUCUCAAAGAGAAAGGCAAUAAUGCGAGAUAGAAGCUAAGAAGUAUAUUUUCAGUGCGUUAAACGUUUAAAGGUGGAUCUCAAAAUAAUGAGAGUUAGAACACUGGGAUAAUAGUGAGAUGUAGUGUUUAAAAAAACGAGUAGGAGUGUAUUAUCUUCGUCUCGAGUUUUUAAACCUUAUAAUACACGACUGCGAGUUUUUUGAACUACUUCAAAAUCUCUGAUAUAGACCAACUCAUUCUUGCACUUAUUUUUAGAUUUGAGGUUAUUUUGGGCCAAAAAAUUGGACGUAAAGUUUAGCCGUGUCUCUUCAGAUAUAAAGACACUCAUGAAAAAGUUAAUUUCUUUUGUCUUUUCUUUAUGAAUUAAUAAUGAUUGAGUGUUUGAGUGUGAUGUUGGGACCGAAACUGCGUAUGUUAACGAUCGCAGUGUUUAGAGUACGUAUCAACGGGAGUUUUUUUUUUCAGUCUAACGUGCAUAUGUUUCGCCGGGAUUAAGCUGCUUUCCGGCGCGCCUGUAUUUAGCAACAGAAAAAAAAGUCAAUUGACGAAUGCACGCGCAAAUCAAACAACUGGCUUGACCAAUGGUAGAGCGACAAAUUGGGCACCGAAAGUCGAGUUUAGUCCUUUCCGCGCGCUUUCCCUUCGUCAAAUGACGUUCCCGUGCUGUUGCUAAAUCAGCCUAAAUUCGCGAAGUGUCGCGCCCGUAAGAUUCCUGUAACAGCAGAGACGUCCCAAGAUCACGUUACGAGAGUGGAAUGAAAUUUACUCUCUCACAAGAGAGUCGGUGUUGCGUUACAGGCACCGUUGAGACGUUGUAUCAGAAAUAAAAUACUGAGGUUUACGAACGCUAAAUAUCAUUAUUUUUCCCUUUUUUCUAUAAAAUAUUAAAGGAGACUUACCUUUGAUGUAUUCCCGUGUUUUUUGGUGUGAUUUCAUCGAUUUAGUCGACUCUUUGGCUCUAUUGUGUGUCCCCUGACAAUCCAUUCCACUCUCGUCAGUGAGCCUGGGACAACUGUGGUAACAGCGACGUGUCUGCAAGGCCGGGAUGUUGGCUAUACUAAUUAUUCAGCUGAUUAUUUUCGAGACUUAUUCUAUUCAAGGAUAAGUCUUUUUUUAGAAAACCCAGAAACAUUAUACUGGAGCAGACUUAAUUCGUUAAAGAGCAUUGAUCGACUUUAAAUGUUCGUAUUACUUUUGUUUUUAUUUUUCAUAAUGCUAGGUUAAUAUUAUUGUUCCGAAUAGGAGGUGUAUAUCUAACGCCAUACACCAACCAUGUGGGUAGUAUUAUUACCAAAUCAGUUGUGGUGAAUAAAAAUAAAACAUUACUGUCGUCUCCCGAUAAUUCGAACCAUCAAGGGAAACAGACAAAAAGUUCCGAGUUAUCGAGGGUAAAACAUAGAAAACGAUCUUAAGGGAAAUGAACAUUGCUUCAAGUUAGCGAGAGGCUCGAGUUACUGGUAGUUGACUGUAGUAUUUUUUCGUAAAAAGUCGUCACUUAGUAAGAGCUUUGUUUACUUUCUUUCAGUUUGGAAGUGCUUUUUUGUAAUUUUUUGCAAAUUUAGAAAUAAUUCUACUUUCAGUAUACAAAGUGGGCAUAACAGCUACUUGAUUUAUUGCUAAAUUUCCGAAAAUGUCAUGAAACGAGACGCCAUUUUGGCUCCACCCAAACCAGUGAAUAUCCAAAGAUAUUUUAUAUUCCUAGUUAGGGGAGCCAAUCAAAACGUGCGAAAUUACUAUCCAAUUAAUGAUUUGGUAAGUUCUACUUCCUUAUUCAAGUUUAUAUUUCCUUAACUAAAGGGAUUUGUGUGUCAAAAUUAUUAUAAGCGUGAUACAUUUUUUUAUGUAGUCAAUUUUUUAAAGGUUUUAUUAAUUAUUAUUAUUAUUGUUAGUAUUAUUAUUGAUUUUAUUAUUUUAUGUUUUGCUUUUUACUGUCUUACGAGUGUUAAAAGUGUUUACCCUUCUUUGCGACAGAUUACAGUAUAUUUGUGUGUGUAAUCAAAGGGUGACGAGUGAAGAGUGAAAUUAGUGUUCUUAAUACCUCCAGUUGUUCUAGGGAGCUUUAGCAACGACUACAGCGACGGCAACGUCACUAUUAAAAAGUAUUCUUACUCGUUUCUUCAAACUUGGUCGCGAUUAUUUCAGUUAGCUUGAAAUGUUGGUGAAUUUCCCAUGAAGUUGAAUUCUUGGGGAUCACACCCAAGUUUAGACAGAGAAAGAAAAAUUCGUCGGCCGGUGAGCUAACAUCCUCCAUAAAACGUCGUGCAGUGACGGCAAAGAAAUGUACAAAAAGUGUGCUGGACGUGCAAAGUUGUUUUGCUAUUUGACGUUUUUUAUAAUUCAGUCGUUGCCGUCGACGUCGUCGUUGCUAGAGUUCCCUAAUUGACUUUUAUGAUACGGCGGGAAGAACUAUUAUGAUUGUGAGACAUAUACUCAAAGGUUUAAUAUAAUGAAAGGCGUCUUCUCAUGUUUCGGAGUUUGUUGGCAAAACGUAAACAAUUCGUUCCUGACAAUCCCUUUUUUUUUCGAAACCGGGAGGGCUUCCGGCGUCUUGGGAAAACAAGGCAUAUGUUUACACUUUAGUUAGUUAUAUUAUAACCCAGUGUAUACUAAGAAGUAAGAGUGUCAAUUUAUUAGUUUUUUAUAUAUAUAUAUACAAAUCUCAAAAUUUCGUAAACGUUUUGAGUGUCUGAGAGCUGAAAUGCAUUUGUUUCUUUUUGUCUUUAAAACGGGCAACCGAAAAACAAAAAUUGUGCAACUUGUUUUGCAACAUUGCUGCAGUGAGAGUUGAAAAGCUAUGUUCCACGUUUUCCAUCCAAAACAAACUAACAUGAUUUGUUGGGACACUGGUGUAAUUCGUGGGUGAUAAAACGUGCACCAUCGCUCUUCAACUCGUUUUGCAGCAAUGUUGCAAAACAAGUUGCAGGUUUUUGUUUCCUAUUUUACUCUACCUUUAAGGAACGUGAAUGAUUACUUGUCGAUUAGUCCCCGGCAUUUAUAGCUGGGCCUUGAGUUGUUUUUUGUUAAACUAGGAUUUAAAAGAAGCGAAGAUUGCAAUUUUUAAAAAUGAAUGAGGGUUUUUUUUCCUCGUAAUUUUUUGCUUAUAUUGAUACUAACAGUCUUAUAAGUAGCUUAAAAUAAAAAUAUACGGUGAGUUCGUUUACAUUGCUCCUAAUUGAUAGAAGUCAAGGGAGCCAAUUUCAAACCAAUUCAUUUUACCACUUAACUUUUACCAUUUACCACGUUUGCGUGCCAAAAUUGAGUGAUUUCCCAGAAACACAUUGUGGUUUGGUACAAAAACCAAUCGCUCUAACUGUACUUUCAAUAUCCCAGUAGCGUUCAGCUUUCUAUGGUGCGUAGUAACCGGAGACCCAGCGGUGACUAACUGAAGUAGGGAAUAUUUGUGUGCGAAAUCUAGUUGUCUGCUUGAGCGUCUUAACUUGCACAGCUAUCAACCCAACACCGUUUUCACUGUUGAAGAGAAUCCAGACCACUUCUUUGACACUGCUUUCGCUUAUAAGAACAAGUUCAAGAAACCAGGAGAACUACGGCGCCUAACAAAAAAGCUGAACGCAUUUUCGGUGAAUUAUAAAUAUUCCAAUAAGCUACCCCCGCUGGGUCGCCAAGGAUGUUGUAUUAAGUACCAAGCGGCCUUUGACUGAUGUUUCCUUUGUUUCUCACUUUUUUUACUUUGGCCAAAUUUAAUUGGUUACGGACCUAGUCACAGUGUGUUUCAAGGAUAAGUGUGUGCGUAUUUCUAUUUUUAAAAUAACUGUUAAAUUUGCUCAGUUGUCAGCAAACCAGGCAGAUAAAAGGUUUAGAAAUAAAGACAAGUUGAGCUGAUUUUACUUGAGUUUUGACUACACAUAAAAACAAAUUUGCAACUGCCUUGCCACAUUACUAACACCCCGCGCAUCAGUGGUCCUACAGUUUUUUACAAUUUGCGUCAGACUGAUGCUAUAAAGCCAUUGGUCACGCUAAAUGUUACCAUGGCAACUUAAAUGAUGCCAUGAACGGAUCAUAAGAAAUACAAGACCCUGGAUAUUCGAACGCUGGAUAGCACUAUUCUUAUCCAGUGGAUAACGCUAUUGGAUUCUUUACUUCUUAUCCGGUGAAUAGCGUUAACACCUUUUGAACAACCAGGGCCAGGAGCAAGAAGUGGAAAAUGUUAUCGGCGCAGGGGUUUAAGGCCAACUUAUCUGCAAGAUUUUUUUUUCAAUAGGGGGACAAUUGAGUUGUUUUUACAAGAGUUUUCCAUCCGAUGGGGGGAGGGGAGUGGGGGGAGGGGGGCAGUGAGGGUGGAAGGGGGACUGUCACUCUUCACCAGUUGUUUCCUGAAUUGUCCUAAAAAAUGGUCCUAAAGUCAGUUCUUCCUAAAGAACACGGCUAAUUCAGUAUUGGCUCAAAAAUCUUGGCGUAGCAGCUAUAUGUGCGGAUCGACGACUCGUCAACCUGACUGGUUUGGCACUGAAUGAAAGAACUUUUGCACAUAUAGUUAUUUAAGGUUACUCUCUGGAAACAGGACGAAUGAUGCAAGCAUGAUCCAUGUUUCACAGCCCGCGGUGCACUGAGCACCUUUUUGCAAGCAGGAAGUUCAACUCUGAACACGCUGAUUGGAAAAAUGCUUUGCUUAAUUGAAGACCUCUUUGGUCGUUUUCGUUCCAUAUGGAACGAUGCAUAUUUUCCUUUAUAGAUUCAUUUAGUUUUCAGUUUAAGCCAUUGAGUUGGUAAGCAGUAACGUCAGCAAAGAUAGAUCUUUCCACCGAUACCUCCUUUUAGAAAUUCCGAUUGGCCUCGACAGUUACACACAAAAAUUCAAGUAACACUUUGCGGAAAAAUCCACUGUCAAUUUUGCCAUUUACCUACUACUCUUUGCAGAUUAAAUUUGUCCCUUUCCAGUUAGCUAACCACAAUUCCAUGCAAUGAAGUUCACGAAACACACAUUUUCAGUGACUUUUUUUACACCCCUUUUAGACCUUUUUUUUUUUUUUCCAUCCUUUUCAAUCAGGUUAUCUAGCACCUCGAUAUGUUACAACCAUGAUAAACUUUGUAAAUUAAUAUUACUAGAACUUUGUUGUUGUCACAGGCCUAACAGCGGCUAAUUACAUUAUCGGCCACCGGUAGGUUCCAUGUACAGUGUAGCAGCCAAACCUUCUAUUAAAAAUUUGUGGAAAAAUAAAAAAAAUUGAAAUGUUAUUGGAACUGAUUUGCAGUUGAGGUCAAAACAUGCAGCUGAGUAAACAAAAUUGUCUUUCUUCAACCAUGUCCAUGGAAACUCACAAAAGUUGCUGAUUUAUUUAUCACUUAGGUCCAAAAAAGUCUGAAAUUGCCAAUUCAUUCUAUCAGUUUUCAUGUCUUCUGUUUACUUCAGUAGAGGGUCAUCUUUUUAACUUUCAGGUGCCACCUUCUUAGAUUAAAGUCUAUUGUUAACUAUGUACUCAUUGAAAAACUCAACUCUUGUAUCAGCUUGGCGAAAUAAAAUCAUGAGCCGAUAUUCCUGAAACUUUCCUGUUGAAUGACUGAGUACCACAAGUAUAUACCUAUUUAACGAAGAGGUUGUGUUUUCCUUGGUUUAGAAAUAAUGCUUGUGGUCGGCUAAUGGUUCAUUUAUUUACAAACCGAUUUUGUGCACACUCAUCCAAAAUGCCAUUCAACUAUGUCGAGUCAGCGAUGAAAUGUUUUACCGCGGCUGUUCACAAUCUACAAAUUCAGCGAAACAAGUGGGGAAUAUCAAUAUUUUGGGGAUAUUUGUCAUCUUGAAGUGGUACAGAAUUGAAGACGACGUAAGACGAACGAAGAAGUUUUAAGUUGUUGCUUUUUUGGAAUAGUGCAGAAGCUUGGAGAGAACAUUUACUCCAUAUAAUUAUGGACAACUUUCAAGCCAUGAUAUGCUUGCAUGGCUGAUCAUCGCUUUUGUUACUGUGGCUGGCACUGGAACUCUAGCUUACUUUUACUACAAAUUGCUUAACUAUUUCAUUAGAAUGAAGAUUGAAGCCGAACCUGAUCCUGAGCCUCUAGAGAGAGAAACAAAAUUAAAAAGAACGUUUCGGGUAAGAGAAGGAGAUGAUUCCGACGAAGAAAGAAUUAACAUAUUCAGCGUAAUUAAUAACAGUGACAUGGCGAUCGAACGAACUUGAAAAAAUCGUCAGUUCAUCAGUUACUUCGUAGUUGGCUAGUCAGUUAGAUUAGUUAGUUAGAGUAUCAAAAACGUAUAAGUUUUUUCUUGUAGUCGGACGCCAUCGGGCUAAUGUAAGUAAUAUGCAAUUAAAAAGAAUAGACAUUGUUUUGCCCAUAUAAGCUCCUUUUCUCUGGUAAUGAAUAAAUUUGACAACUGGACUAUACUAAUUUGCUCCAGUAAUUCAGCAGAUAAUUGCUAUAAAGUUCAUCUCCUCCGUAAAUUCUGCCAUGUGUUUAUUCAAGUUAUAGACACUGAGUAAAUUUGCAAGUCUCUUCAGAGAAAUGGCCAUCUUGAGAUCUCACUACAUACAUACUGAUUAUCGCACAAUUGCCAACACUCCUUAACGCUAAUAUGCCUCGGAAGUCCGCCAAAAGAAGUAUCAGUUUGUUCUAUUUAGUUCCAUAUGUAUUACUAACAGUUUCCGCUCAAAUCCUCGUUGUUCCUUGUUGCACCCUCCAAUCACAGUAAGUUUUGUCAAGAUUAAGGGUGAUCACUUCUAGACAUAUAUACCUGUGGAAAAUCCUUGUGAAGAAACGGGGCACAGAUGUCCGUAUUUCGAAUCCUUGUCCUUUGCCUUGCUUGACGCUACCGCAUACGCUAUGGCACCAAACACACCAACAAAAAGAACAGUAACUCCGACAAGUAGUCCAAUGGCAAUAGCAGAGUACAUUGCGGCGUUGACCAGAGUCUUAAUGAUGUGGGUUGGUCAUAUCGCGGAAUAGAGAGCAAAUGGUAACUCCGCGAGUGACACCGAAAUUCUGGGGCAUGGGGAGACUAGAGACUAGAGACGAGGAAAACGUUGCAGCAGUUAUGCCAAAAAAUCGACACUGGCAGGAUACUGGUAGAAAUUUUGGUCAAAAAUUGAGUAUUUAUAUUGGAAAACGAAAUCGGCCUCUCGAGGGGUAUUGUUCUUUCACCAGUUGGUUCACCGUGAUGGACUAAAGUGUUCAGUGGAGACAAAAAUAAAAUGGAACGUUUCGGUUCGUCCGACCGUGCCCGAGAAUGAGUGGGGUGAUCAAAAGGCUUCAUCGGAAGAGAUGUUAAUCAGUGACCAACAAGUAAAAAUUAAAUUCUCUUUUAACUCUUUCCUUUUAUAAAUUCAGAGUUUAAUUUCAUUUCCCUUGAGAAGCGGAAUAACCUUCCUUUUCCGUGCAGUAUGCUUUUCUUCCUCACAUGACGCUGACAUUGGCGAGAAUAGACUGUGUGACCAGCUAAAGGAAUGUUUAUGUGUGAGGCAAGGAGCUGGGACUACUGUUUCAUGCUAGUUCGUUUUCCGUUUCUCUCAGUUUUACCUUUCUAAAGCUGUUUUUACAUACAUAGUCCGUAAUCCGCGUUUUAUACCCAGUCCAUGUUUUAUAUUCAGUCCGGAGUCCACAUUUUUUACCUAAUUAAUCCGUCAGUUUUAUACCCUGUCCGCAGUCCGCAGUCGGUGUUUUAUACUGACCGCAUUUUCCCCCACCCUUUAGUUUGUCUUUGUCUCCGUGAGCACUUUUUAAUGACUAAGGCCAGUUCCGGAAGCGGAAAGACGGGAGCACAAACUGUCGAGUGAAGAGGCUGGAGAAAACUUACCAGAAGAGUUAAAACCUUAGUUAAAGAUCAGAAUGGGAAGGAAACUUUGAACUUGUUUUAAUUUAAACUUCCAAGGUUAUGAAAUAGAAAGUGCUGACGUCAGCGAAAUAUUUCGCCCCUGCCUAUUACCGCAGUCCCCCUCCUCAGGAGAAAAUGCAAGUUUUACGUCACUUCCUUGACAUUUCUUGGUAAUCUGUUCCUGUUCUCGGAAAAGCUACAAAGAAGAGAUUUUUCUCUAGAUUCCGUAUUUGAUGCGGCAUUUUCAGAGCGCUUUAAUUGGUAGAGCUUCACAAAUUUUAGAGUAGCUUCAGGUACGUAAGAAUUUUUGAAAACUUUCGCUAUUUCUGUGUCAGAAUCAAACGAACAAUCUCGAACAAUCAGAUUUGCGUUUUUAUAGUGCAUAAUAAGCCACUGGGAUCCGUCUUGGUUAAGCUUUAUAUGAUGUUAGAAACUGUCGCUUUUCGCUAUUGCCUACACUACAUUUUGUAAACGAUUUCUCCAGUGUCGGUCAGGGCUCUUUCAGCUUUGAAAACGAUGCCUUGAUCUAGCAUUUGGGGGCUUAACGUUUAUGGCGUUUUAUAUCUCUUUAAUAGUCUUGGGGAAGUGGCCUUGUGAAGCUUAAGUGGGUCUUGGAACUAGCGACAUUUACCAAGGGAAUUUCGCUUUUAUACAGUGAAGGUGAGCAAUCCAUGCUUAAUUUAUCACAUGAUUUAACAGAUUUUUGCUGGCCUAAGUAACAGUGUAUCUCUCUUGCGGACACAACUGAAAAAAAUUGUUGUUUCUCAGCAGUUGAGGACAAAAAGUUUGACUCCAACCGAGAUUGUCGGUUAAGAAUAAGCUUACUCAGUUUCCUCAGAGUCAAUUUGCUACUGGAUAAUUAACUUAAUAAAGAUCAACCGAUAAUGUCUUCACUUCAUGGAGUUUCUCUUUGGAGCAGUUGUUGUUCUCAACCCAAGCUAAGUGGUGCCAUGAUCACCCCAAAUCCUAUAAAUGACAAUGAAAAUCAGUAUCGUUUAAUAUCUAAACAGAAAAAUUCUUUGUUGCUUAAGAAAUUACAUUCGACACUCACGUCGCGGUUUUUAUCGAGGUAAGUAAACGCAGUUUUCAAUGUCCGUCCAUCGUUUCCUUAGAAGUACGAAACUAGGACCGGAAUUAGUUGUGUUACUUACACCAACAACCUGUGUUUGACGCCAUGAUUCAUUCGGGUAGUAAUAUAAGACUGAAUAAAAGAUGGCGCCUUCGCAUCCAAGCUUCGGGACGUACCUAUUAUAUAUGGGAGAACACUGACUGGUUAUUUUUCGACGAGCUGGGGUGCUGAAGCGAAGACGAGAUCCGGUAGACAAUUUAGCAAGAGAUAUGUUAUCAGGUUACAGAGACCCUACAGAACUUAGAUCUACUGACUUAAUUUGCCUGGUCAGUCUGUAUGCUGAUUUACUUGAUUUACUUGAAUGCUCCAUGGCCAAGGCUCAAGGUGUAGACCACUCUCUGUGCUUACGUAAAAGCCAGAAUGAUCAGGAAAAUGUUUUUAAUUAGUUUGGUGCCUCAUUUGCAACAAAAUGCCAUAUCUUAAGGCAAUUUUUGGUGAUUUUUGUUCGAUUUUAGAUCCCAGAGUAGACUCUUUUUUCUCUAAUCUUCAGUAAAAACGACAAAAACAUCAACAAAGUCUGUAAUUGAAAGGACUAUGUUGCCCUUCUUUAACUUAAAUAAAUACAUUUCUCGGAAAGAAGCAAAAGAUUUCUCUGAAUUAUGGUAAUUAUGACUUCCUGUUUUCGAUCCUGAGCAAGUCGGCACUUACUGAAACUGGCCGCAAAGUGUUUAUCAUUUUGCGCAGACUACGUAACCAUGGCAAGACCAGAGUUCGAUGUUGUUGAUACCCCACGUCACGUUAAACUAUAAUAUCAGUGUUUGCAAAAAGGCAAAAAAAACUGAGAAUGAACAAACACAAAAAAGGUAAAUUCAAAGUUUAAGUUUAUGGGCCUCAAAGACAUAAGGGGCACAGCAACGACUUGUGGGAUAAAAACUGUGCACUACAAUUAACAGUUCGUUUUUUCCAUACAGCAAAUGAAAGCUAGACCAUAGAGCCGGCCUGGUUAACGUUUCCUGCCCCUUGCGAGCUGUAAAAGUCCCCUUCAAAUCAAUAAGAAUUUAAACAGCAAGGCUGAUAGUCAGUGAAGUCUAUAUCUUGAAUUCUUAGAAAAUGGAUGAUCAAAAAGAGGAGGUCAAUAUUCACGAUCUUACUGAUGCCACACGUGAGGUAAACUAUAAUUAUAUCAGUGUUUGCUCCUUGUAGGUAGAGGUUUGGCCAAUAAAAACGCACAGCCAAAAAAAGAGAAUUCGAGGCUGAGUGUAUUGAUCUCACCAGGCUUAACAGGGCACAACAACGGCUUGCGGAUUAUUUAUUUUGCACGCCGGUUAAGCAGAUCCUUUUCCCACACAGCAAAUGAAAGACGCCGGUAAUAAAUCACAUCCCCAUCUAUUUUCUUUUUCUUUUUGGCACGUCUUCGUCCCCUUCCAGCUCCUUCAAAUUGAUAAGAAUUAAAAAGACGGGCUGGUGGUCUUUUUAACUUGCUGCAACUUGUACUUUGGAUCUCCUGGUAUGUAUAAUAACCAAAAAAAUUUUUUUUGAAUAACUUAAAUCCUCAGGAUAUGGAUGAUGGAAAAGAGGACGUCAGCAUUCUCGAUCUUGACGCAAGUGAGGUAAACUAUAAUUUCAUCGGUUUGUUCGACGAGAACCAAUAGCAAGGAAAUUAAUAGGAAGUUUGGGGAGUAAGUUUAUAGGCCUCGCCUAGGCUAAGGGUACAAAGAGCAGCUUGACGAACAUUUAUACCAGCCGUGUUGCCCCGUUGAACGUACAGUUCCUUUUUCAACAAAGCAAAUGAGAGAUAGAUCAUACUUGACCCGGUGGUAAACGUCCCCCUGUUCUUUUGCAACAGUAUAGUUUCUUUAUUCUUGUUUUUGCUUUUUCCCCCUUUUCUUUUAAUUUAUUCAGUCAAGUACCCUUCAAACCCUCAAACUGAUAGGGAUUAUAUUUAUAAGAUAAAACCAAAGGUCUAAAGUGUGAUAUAACUAGUCCAAUUUUCUGCCUUUAAAAAGGUGUCGUUUGGUUUUUUAUAUAUAUAAUAUAUAAUUAUAUACUUGAAUCGAAAGGAAAUGGAUGAUGGAAACGAGGAGGUCAACAUUCAAGAUCAUCCCCUUGCUGGUUCUUCAAAUGAGGUGAACUAUGACUUUAUUAGUGUUUGCAUGCAGGAAGAGGUUUGUUCAGCAAAAAGGAACAGCCAGAAAAAGGGCGUUCAGGUUUAUGGACCUCGCCAGACUUGACAGGGGCACAACAAUGGCUGUGGGUCAUUUACUGCGCGCCCUGUUGAAGCAGUUCCUUUCCUCGCACAGUAAAUAAAAGAUAAACCAUAGUACCAUGCAGAUACAAGCUGAUACACUAUAGUGCCGAAAAGUCUUCCUCAAAUUGACAAGGAUUCAAAAGACAAGCGAACGGUCAGUGAUUAGUGUGGUACAACUUGUGUGAUGGUACAUUAAAACGGUAACAUUUAUUUUUUAAUACAAUGUGUACAGAAAAUGGAUGAUGGAAAAGACGAUCUUGCUGAUGCAUCACAUGAGGUAAACUAUAAUUUCAUCAGUGUUUGCAUAUAGGCAGAGAUUUGUUCAUUAAAACGCACAGCUAGAAAAUUACUUGACAUGGUUAUAACUAGACCAUGUACAGGGGCUGAGCUAAGUACCAUGGUUAACAUUUUAACGUUCCUCUUGCUCUUUUCGAACUGUAGUUUCUUCCUUUUUUAUCCUCUUCAAUUUGACAAAGAUUAAAAAGACAAGUCCGACGGUCAGUAAAAGAGUCUAAAGAGUGGCACAAUUUGUGUGAUUGACAUUUGCUUUCAAUGCAUGCAUACUUAUAAAUUCGCAGGAUACGGAUGGUCGAAAUGACUCCACAGAGGACGUCAACAUUGUCGAUCUUGCUGAUGCCCGACCAGAGGUAAGCUGUGAAUUUAUCGAUGUUUGGACAUAGACGGAGCUUGUGAAGCAAAAAAAAUAGUAAGAAGAAGAGAAUUCAAGGUCGGUAACUUAAGAGGUACAAAACAUUACGGCUUGCGUAUCUUUUUACGCACCAAAUGAAACUUUAAGAUAGAUCAUGGUACCGUGGAUAACUUUCCCUGCUCUAUUCGAGCAGUAGUUUGUUGUGUUUUUCUUUCCUUGUUUUAAUUUUCCCUGGUCUCCCCUUGGAAUGUGCGAGGAUUAAAAAACAAUGCCGAUAUCCGUAAAGUGUGAUACAACUUUGGUGAUUUUCUGCCUUCAAAAAGACGUUCCAUUUUGCUCAGUGUUGGAUAUUCCUAAAUCCGUAGAAAAUGGAUAGUGGCAAAGAAGACGUCAACAUUCUCAUACUCGGAGAAACUGGAGUGGGCAAGUCAACCUGGAUCAAUGGAAUCGCCAACUAUUCUAAGCAUAACUCUCUGCAACAUGCCAUGGAUGAUCCUGAAUUCACUGUCUUAAUUCCUUCAAGGUAAAGUAUACGUAGUCGCAAAACAAAUUAAAUUACUAGGCCGAUACACCUGCAUUAAUUAAAUUGUCACUAGAGGUACCAAAGUGACAAUUAAAGUGAUCUAACUCUUUAAUUUUCAUUCUCAGAUUUAUUUUCACAAAUGAUGAAGGAGAAGAGGUGGACAUCAUAAUUGGAGCUGAUCCAAAUGAGGAUCUCAAAAGUCAUGGACAGUCUGCUACCCAGUUCCCUCAAGAGCAUAUCAUUGAAACGAACACUGCAAAGUUCCAUCUCAUUGACACCCCGGGCAUUGGCGACUGCAGAGGAAUAGAGAAAGAUAAGGAGAACUUCGAGAACAUCUUGGCCUUUCUAACCUGCUAUGACAAAAUUAAUGCUGUGGUUGUGCUUCUCAAACCAAACAACGCAAGACUCACCGUGGCCUUCAGGUUCUGUGUGUUAGAACUGCUGACACACCUCCACAAGUCGCUGGUGUCCAACAUUAUCUUCGCCUUCACAAACUCCAGAGGAACCUUCUACAGACCGGGGGACAGUCUACCAGUUCUCAGACGGCUCCUGAAGGAGAGAAACAUCAACAUCACACUCUCUCCGUCAACCUAUUUUUGUUUUGAUAAUGAAGCAUUCAGGUACUUAACGCGGAGUCAUUAUUUGACUAAAAUGUGUAAAAGUUAGCUGACACGAUAUAAUAGAAAAAGGCCGAGAGUACAAUUUCAGGGUCAGGCAUUUUAUACACUGCGUUCUUUGAAUUACCAAGGCGCAAAAAGACAAGCUUCUCUAGCUGAUUUAAAGUAAAUCAUGGAGACACUAGCUAAACUGACUAUUUCUUUCGUCUUUGUAGAUUAACGUUCUUCAGCAUAUAGUCUGAUAAAUAAGCUAAAUACCUCUCCAAAAAUGCUUUUAACAUUAUUUAUUCUCUUUAAAGUAAUUUUCAAAUUAUUUUUAGCGAUUUUUCUUAAUUUCGUUGCUUUAUCAUUAAUGGCUCUCUAUCUUCAAUGAAAGGUUCCUAGCCUGCCACAAGAAUGGAAUUCAGUUCACACCUGAAGAAGUUGACCUCUUCUCGAAAAGCUGGGACAAGUCAUGCGACACAACUUGCGAGCUUUUUCAUCUCGUUACAAACAUGCAGCCCCACGAGACUAAGAAGACCCUAAGCCUGAACGAGGCGAGGAACUACAUAAUCGCCAUGAGUAAGCCAAUGGGUGAAGCUGUUGAACUUAUUGAGAUGAACGUGAAGAAGAUCAAUGAAGUCAAAGAACAAUGCAGGCUCUUCGACGUUGAUAUCGAGCGCUUUCAAGCUGAACUGAAGUUUAAAGGCUUCGACCGGGAAGUGAAACCCCUGAACUACCCAAUGACUGUUUGUGCAGACACCGCAUGCAAGAAGUAUGUGAAUGUAGGAAUGUCAAGGGAGAGGGAAACAAUAUAUCCACAGAUUUGCCAUGACCACUGCUCCAUUAGAGGAGUUCCGGUUGAAACUACCAACAACGAGCAACUUCAUGGCUGCGCGGCCAUGUCCAACGGGACUUGCCAUCAUUGUGGGCACAACUACAGAACUCACAUGCAUAUCACCUACUCUACUACCCUGGUAGAGAAGGAAUUCCUAUCGUCCGAUGCACAGAGUAAGAUUGCCGAAAAGACCAACUUGAAGGAUCAGAAAGAAUCGUUUAUCGCAAAUUUAGAGAGCAGCAUCAAAGAACUUCAAGACGAAAAGGAGUUCAUUUAUGAAUGUGCUGGCCGCUUUGGCGUAUUUCUCAAGGAGAAUGCCAUGAUUCCCUAUAAUGACUCCUUUAAAGAGUACCUUGAUAUGCUGAUUAGGGACGAAGAGGCAAGAGAGCAAGAGAUAAGAGACGACGAAAAGAUCGCUCAACUGAAGAAGGACAAGAAGACAUAUGAGCAGAAGAAGAAAAUCAUUAUGGAGAACAUCCAGUCGGGAUGUCAAGGCGGAGAAAAUCUCAUUUCCAUAGAAGCAAUCUACAAAAUGAAAGAAAAGCUUUGUCGCCUGAAGCACAACGGGGAAGCUCUGAGGAAAGCCCUAGGUACAUUGUAA